CUCCAUCACUACCAUUCCCCUUUCAGUCACUAGGGAGAGACUCUGAACUGGAAAGCUGCUGUUAUCACACUCAAGGAGUCCCACAGCAGGUUGAUAGGAGCACAGUCUGCACCGCACCGCCAUCCGCACACCGGCCUGCGGGACGCGUCGCUCUCUCCGCCCGGGAUGGAGAAAGACGCCUCUGAACCGGACCCAUCCCGCCAGCGGAACGGGGUCGUAGGCGUGCUGUACGGAGAGUUCACCGACAUGCUCAACGACGGGGUCCGGUACUCGGUGAGCUUGACGGAGAGCGCUCUGACCGUCCAGAGGAUCUCCUCAUCACCCGGCCGGACUAAGAUGGUUUUUAACUUGACCGACUGUGUCGGCUGCCGGGCUUACAGAGGGCCGGACAGCGCGGACGUCGGCGCCUACUUUACAGCCUAUUUCUACCCGUUCAAGAGGCGCUGGAUGAGCGCCGGAGUGGCCCGGCAGAGAGUGGAGCAGUGCUUUCGGGUCGCGCUGGUCCAGGACCCGCUCGCCAACCUCCAGGAGGCGGAGAGGUGGGCUCGUGCCAUCAGAGAUGCCUCCGUGCUGCAGGCGCCCCGGAGAGACGGUGUGGUUUACACAGAGGUGCGUCGGCCCUGCAGAGUCAUGAUUCUGGUGAACCCUCACAGCGGCCGCGGCCAGGCUCUCCAGCUCUUUACUGGCCACGUGCAGGGCAUGCUCACUGAGGCCGCUGUUCCCUACACACUCGUCAUCACAGAGCACCAGAACCACGCACGGGAGCUUGUGAGGAAGGCGGACCUGUCGCAGUGGGACGCCCUGGUUAUCAUGUCGGGAGAUGGGCUGCUGUUUGAGGUGAUAAAUGGUCUGAUGGAGCGAGAGGACUGGCAAGAGGCCAUCCAGACCCCUCUGGGUAUUCUACCAGGGGGCUCAGGCAAUGCCCUGGCUGCCUCUGUCCACCACUACUCACAGUCCCCCCCAGCGUGGAACGAGGAGCUUUUAUUGAGCUGCGGCUUCAUGCUGUGCAAAGGUCUGGUUGGCUCCAUGGACCUGGUGUCGAUACACCUGGCCUCUCGGCAGCGCCUCUUCUCCUUCCUCUCCCUGGCCUGGGGCUUCGUGGCUGACGUGGACAUCGAGAGCGAGAAGUACCGCCACGUCGGAGCGAUCCGCUUCCUGAUGGGCACCCUGGUGCGUCUGGCUUCCCUCCGAGUCUACCAGGGCAGGUUAGCGUAUCUGCCUGUUACGGAGGCGCCAAAACCUCCCAAAGGGAGCAUCAGAGCUAACCCCCCACCCUCCACACCUCAGCACCCCUCGCUCUGCUCCUCCCUCCCCUGUCGGCUCAUCCCCAAUGCCUCUCCAAACCAGAACUCUCACCGCAAUCACAACAGCACAAAUUCCAACCGCAACACCAUCACCAACUCCUCCAACAACGCAAUCACCACCAAUAGACCUGAGACCCAGAGUGAUAGCAAGACCAGAGCACCCGAGGACUCUCGGCUUCCUGGCCUGGACCAGCCGGUCCCAGAGAGCUGGACAGUGGUCAAGGAAGAGGGCUUUGUCUUGGUGCUGGCUAUUUACCAGUCCCACCUGGCUGAGGACCUGUGGACAGUCCCUAGUGCGAUGGCAGACGACGGGGUGAUUCACCUGUUCUAUGUGACAGCAGGAAUCUCCCGUCCAGCCCUCCUGCGCCUUUUCCUCGCCAUGGAGAAGGGCGGCCACUUGGAAUGCGGCUGCCCCCAUCUGGUGUACGAGAAGGUGAAGGCCCUGCGGCUAGAGCCUAUCUCUCCACAAGGCAUGAUCACUGUGGAUGGGGAGAUGGUGGAGUACGGGCCUGUUCAGGCUCAAAUCCACCCAAGACUGGCCAGACUCAUUUGUGGAUGAACUGGGAUUAUCUUAAUCUUUUUCUGGCUGUAGCGCUUUCUAGUUUGGCCUUUUAUAUUCAGCGCCAAUUUCUUUCUGUAUGCUGUGUUUUCAGAAGUGCCAAAGACAUAUUAUCAGCCUCUGGAAAUUCCUCUAUUUUUCUACAGAAACAAUGUGUCUUAUUUUUAUGGACUUCCACAAUGUCCCCUCUUUCCCUCAGUGUUUGAUUCAGGGUCAAAGCAAUGGAUGGUUGUUCUUGCUGCUGGCUGGUCCCAGCUUAGAGAAACGGAUAGAGAUUGUGUGUGUGUGUGUGUGUGUGUGUGUGUGUGUGUGUGUGUGUGUGUGUGUGUGUGUGUGUGUGUGUGUGUGUGUGUGUGUGUGUGUGUGUGUGUGUGCGUGAGCAUAUGUGGGGUUUCAGCACAUACCAGUGCAGUGGCUGAGGAGUGCAUUGUGCACUCUGCUGUCGGACCUCAUAAGCAUGACACACGUGAAGAGAAGCACAUUUUCCCGUCCUGGGAGGCUCACGCCCCUUUUCCCACUGUACUACCCCAGGCCAACAAUCUCCCUCUUGGGCAACCACUCUGACAGCACUGCCUCCCCCUCAGCCUGGUAAAGAGGAGCAUUUUUUUGCUGAGGAGAUAUAAAUCCCCCAGGAAUUGGAUGUUGAAAAAAAUCUUUUAUCUUUGAUUAAAGCUUAUGUAAACUCGGAACAAUACCAGAUCCAGUCACGCUAAGCCGUGAAUCCCCCCCCC